AUGUCGAUCUCAUCGUCGACGACAUCAUCAUCACCCAAACGUUAUUCCAUAGUCGAACCACACCCUUCGGUCCCUUCAUCACAUUACCUUUCCACGGGCCGCGGGGGGGCGGGCAACGUGACCCGAGCGCCCCCGUCCACCACCAGGGGGGUCGACGCCAGCGGUCCGGCGGCGAGGCUCAACCUCGUCCACCACCAGUCGUCUUCGUCCCACCCCCGGAGGCAGUUCGUGGCGGGUCGGGGGGGCGCCGGCAACGUCCACCCGUCCUCGGAGAGGGCCAUUUUCAGUUUCGACGAAGAACUCGAACGACAACUCUCUCAGGAACGUCACGCCGCCCCGGUCUACCACGUAGGUCGGGGUGGUGCCGGGAACCUGGCCACCAGCAACAACGGCGUCAGCACCACAUCGUCGACCGUCCCCACGGCCAGUCUCUUCAGCGGCAACGCCGGGAGACCGUCGACGACGACGACCGGCAGCAAUCGAGGGUGGUACGACGGUGGUUACUACGACACCACGGCCACGGCCGGCGCGGCCGGGACCGCGGCUCGUCGUCGAUCCAGCGACCACAGCUUCACUUCCCACAGCAGUACGGGGAGCGAAAGUGGUGCCGACGUUUUCAACCGUGGCAUCAAAAAACGGUGGAACAAGUUGAUGGGUGUCGGUUAUUACAUGACUUGAGUUGAGAACCAUCACCAUCACCACCACCACCACUUCCUCUCCCCCGACCCUCACGGACACUCACACCGCGUGACAACCUCUUUCUUGUUCUUAUUUUUUCUCAAAUCCAUCCAUCAUAUCAUCAUUUGGCGUGGCGCUUUUCCGGCCGGGGACACAACACUUAUCAUUGGGACAUCUUUUGGGUCUUGGGUGUCAAAACAUGGGAACCAAAACAAAAGGAAAGGGAGACCGAGGAAACAACGAUAACAACAGCAUCAAAACACCGGCAUUUUAUAUUUUCCCCCGUCACCAGCAUCAUCAUCAUCAUCCUCAUCAUGACCUUACGAAAUC